UAUUUGAUAUUAAAAGUUUACACUUCUUCGAAGUUAGUAAAAGCUACUUCAAUUCUCUUCUCAAGCAUAAGUAACUCAUUUCGCAACAACGACGAUGAACAACCGCAGAAAGAACUCAAUCGCCACCAUCGACACCUAAAACAACAGCAACACAAUACCGUUUUGUACUCUACCAGUCCAGAAAAAAUUAGCAAAAUCAACAAAAGCAGAAGUUUCCUAAGCAGCAGCAAUAGUAGUCGAAGCAUCAGAGGCCAAAAUACAAAAAAUUAUAAACUCAACCAAAGCAACCUCGGCAGUGGCGCAAGCAAAAUAAUUGCCGACUUGUUUGAUAACCAGCCGGCUGUGUUGAUUCUGGUCAACAUGUCGGACGCAACGGACGGUGCAGUGGAGGGCGUGGGUGCUGACGACGAGACGCUAUUCGAGCCCUACGACAACCUCGAUGCAAUUAAUGAGAGCACAGAACUGCAGUGCCUGCUGCAGCAGCACAUUGAUACAACGACCUACGGCAAUGACAGUGCCUACUGCCUCACUCACUUCGACUCGAUCCUUUGUUGGCCGCGAACGCCGCGUGGCACUUUGGCGGCAUUACCGUGCCUACACGAGUUCCAGGGCAUCCAGUAUGACAGUUCGCAAAAUGCGACGCGGUACUGCCAUGCGAACGGCACAUGGGAGAAGUACACUAAUUAUGAUUUAUGCAUGCAUCUACCCGCCCCCUCAACUGUACCUGAAUUCGAACCAAUCGUCGAAUUGCCAACGAUAAUUUACUACAUUGGCUACACCAUCAGCUUAGUAUCACUGACGUUGGCGAUUAUUGUGUUUGUAUAUUUCAAGGAAUUACGCUGUUUGCGCAAUUCAAUUCACGCCAAUUUAUUCUUCACAUAUAUAAUGUCGGCGUUGCUGUGGAUACUCACUUUAUCUGUACAUGUGUUAAUAACAAAGCUCCGCUCGGCAAACACCGUGGAAACGCGUCAGUAUCGUAAAGCCGCUAAGGCAUUGCUGGUUCUUAUUCCGCUCUUUGGCAUAACCUACUUGGUGGUAUUAGCUGGCCCCAGCGAGAGUGGUGUUAUGAGUAACAUGUUCGCGGUUGUGCGAGCUCUGCUGCUCAGUACCCAGGGUUUCGCGGUAUCACUAUUCUACUGUUUUCUAAACUCCGAAGUGCGCAACACAUUGAGGCAUCACAUUUCGACAUGGCGGGAUGAGAGGAAUAUUCAGCUGAAUCAAAGCAGAAGGUACACCACAAAGAGUUUCUCAAAGGACUGCUCACCAAGAACAGAAAGCACGCGGCCACUCACAGCUUACUACGGCAAAGGAAAGCGCGAGUCGUGCGUCUCAUCGGCGACAACCACCACCCUGUUGGGCCACAACCAGAAUCUCUCGUUAAAUGUUGGCACGGGCGCACCGUUGGCAAUGCAACGCGACUCAAACGGUGCCUUGCAUAUGAUGCCCACAGUCACGGCGCUGAACAUUAUGCCACGAGCGAUUAGUCCGCUCAUGAAGGAAGGACUUGAAGAAAAUUCUGUUUAAACAGUUAAACGUUUAAAACUAGCAAUUCAACAAAAUAAUUGCUUCCUGAUUAAGAAUAACGAAGAAAAACAGGAUUAAAAGGGAAAUUAAUGUACAUAAACUAACGAAUUUAUUAUAAGUACUACAAUCUUUUUUAUAAGUGUAAAUGUAUCAGCACUAUUCGAUGUACAUAUACGUAUGAGUGUUUAUGUGUGUAUAUAUACAGUACCUAAGGUAUUAGCUAUACAAAUUAAAUACAUAAGUUUUAUUGGUAGUUAUACAUUAAAAAUUUAAUUGUAGUAAGACUUGAAAUACUUUUUCCGAACAUUAAUAUUCAUGUCGAAUGUUGAGAGAUAAUGACUUGAAAUUUUGUAAAUUAAAUUCAGUCGAUUUGUGCUAUAUGAAUAGCAAAAGUGUA